AUGGGCCAACAGCCCUCCCACCCCACCAACCCCUCAAAACAAAUCCAAGUCAUCGGCGCCGGCAUGUCCCGCACCGGCACCGUCUCUUUCGGUCUCGCGCUCGAGCGUCUCCUCGACGGGCCCGUCUACCAUGGCGGCGAGGCUCUGGCUCUCCGCGAGGAAAGCCAUAUCAGGAAAUGGAUUGAUAUCAUGUACCGCACUCCUUGCAAGAGCGAUCGAGAUCAAAAAUUUGUAAAAGAGGCGCUGAGGGAGCAGUUCAGAGGAUACGUCGCGGUCACCGAUUCACCGCCUAUCAAUUUCGUGGCCGAGUUGAUGGAACUGUAUCCGGAUGCCAAGGUCAUCUGCACGACGCGGGAUCCGGACGAUUGGUGGCGCAGUAUGGAACCUGUCGUCCGGAACAGCAAAAUGGGCUUCUUGGGCUUCGCGUUCUACUGGCUUCCCACGCUGAGGUUCUUCACGACGUAUGUCCGAGCGGCGGAGGAGGGCAGGUAUGGGGAGUUGUAUUUCCGGGACGGGAAUCAGACGUGUGUCAGGGAGACAUAUGGGUAUCAUAUGGAUUAUCUGAGAAAGAUCGUGCCGAGGGAGAAGUUGGUGUUGUAUAAUGUGAAGGAGGGGUGGGGGCCGCUGUGCGAGGCUUUGGGGAAGCAGGUCCCGGCUGAGCCGUUCCCGAGGGCGAAUGAUAGUAAGGCGGUGGAGGAGCUGUUUAGGCAGAAAGUGAUGCAGGGGCUGUUGAGAUGGGUGUGGGUUGGAGGGGUGAUGGUUGUGGGGGUAGGGGUUUUGUUGUAUUAUCUCAGUUCGUAA